UUUUUUUUGGUAGGACCAACACAAAAAGUUCAUGAGAGAUCAGCUUAAUUUGCGAGAGAAUAAUAUUACCUCCGACAUCUUAAGACUGACAUGCGGCAUCCUUUUAUUGAUAUAUUCAUGAAGCAAUCGGCUUAGGGUGCGAGAGAAUAAUAUUACCUCCGACACCUUGAGACUGACAAAUAAAGAUCCUUUUGACGACGUAUGCAAGAAGCAAUCAGCUUAGAGUGCGAGAGAUUAAUAUUACCUCCGACACUUUGAGACUGACAAGUAAAGACCCUUUUGAUGACGUAUGCAAGAAACAAUCAGCUUAGAGUGCGAGAGAAUAAUAUUACCUCCGACACUUUGAGACUGACAAUUUGCGCUCCUUUUAACAAUACAUUCACAAAACAAUCGGCUUAGGGUGCGAGAGAUUAACAUUGCCUCCGACACCUUAAGACUGAUAAGUCCCGUUUACAUGAAUUCAAUCAACUUCAACCUUGUGAUUAACCAAGCUUCUUUUGUUCAUGCAGUUUGAAGAGAUGGUUCACUUCAGAGAUUAUACGUCUCCGUCCUCCAAAAACAAGUAUCUCAUUAUUGAAGCUGAAAAUGGCGAAAUCUUAACCAAGUUGCUGACUUAUAUUCCACUGGUCGGUUGGUACGCUGGUCCGUGGCCAUCUUUGAGGAAUUCUCUCCAUAUGCUAAAUUGGACUUCAGAACACAACCAAGGCUCUAAUCGAUCGUCAACAAUGUGGUCCUUUAGGAAUCCUAACCAUCGCAAGUCGAACGUUGCGGGCACCCUUCCUUGUUUAGGACGUCGAAUACUUCAAGGACAAGUACAUUGGGGAUCAGGAACCAUGAAAAUUGACCGUGAAUAUCAUCAUACACCAGGAUAUUGGGAAUGGGCUGAAGAUGUGCUUGGCAGAAGUCAACAAACUUUGAAGACAACGAGAAUAUAUGAUGCUAUUUAUGCUUCUCUGUUCACCUAUGAUCGCAAUUCAAACAUAUUGCAAGCAUUCUUUGAAGCCUGGUGUCCAACGACAAAUACAUUGCUUACAUCCGUUGGAGAGCUAUCAAUAUCCCUUUGGGAUUUACACGUCAUUGGAGGUCUACCCAUUGGUGGUUCCCCUUACGAAGAAAUAGUGCCCGAAGCUAAGGAGCUUACAGGUACUAAUGAGAAUAACGAAAGGUUCCUUCCCCAAACAUGUGAGCACCUAUUCGUAGCCUUUCAAUAUCUUCAAGAAGGUGAGAUUCAUAAUCCAAGGGUGCCUUUGAGCAAGUGGAUAAAUUUUUGGUGCAAAAGAGCUUUGAAAUACGAACCUGCUCCACCACGGAAGGAGAAAAAGUCUGCUCGCUUGAAGUCAACAUAUAAUCCAACUGGAGCUAUACCUGGAGCAGCCGAGUGGUCAAGUGCAGAUGAAGUAAUGUUUUCCAAACUUGGAGUAGAUCAUGAACAAAGGGAUGAUACAUAUUUAACAGCCUUCUUAUCAUGUUGGUUGUGCGCCUUUGUAUUUCCCUCUAAAGAUGGUGACUUCAUUCGACCGGGGACUUUUAGAAUGGCGGCCAUGAUGGCAAAUAAACGAGUAAUUAGUCUUGCAGUCCCAGUCUUAUCAAACAUUUACAAUGGUUUAGCGAAGAUUUCCAAGUCAUCGCAACUUGAGCAUAUUAAAGUGUCAUUUCCCAUUCAUUAUUUAUAUGGUUGGCUUGCUCACUACUUCAAGACGCAUUUUGCACUUCCUAACGGACCAUCAGUUCCAUUAAUGGUAGUAUAUUUUGGAGAAGGUGCUGCAAAAUAUUUUGACGGGGAGCAUGCAAGAAAAUGCGUUCAUCGAGGAGAUAGCGUUGCUUGGAUUUCUACUAUGCCAAAUAGGUCCCGUCCUCAUUAUUUUGUGGACAAUGGCAAGGAACCAGAGUUGGAGGUGAGUUACUUUAUGAGCCUUCGUUUUAAUUACCUUCCUUUGAGGAGUGAGGACUCCUACAUCUUCGAGCCAUAUAGUCCGCACCGAUUCAGCCGUCAGUUUGGGUUUUAUCAAGACACUCCUGGCGUCUUGGAAAGUGAUAUUCGCAGUGCCUCAUUAGCUGAAGGACUUAGAUUCUCUCGAAUUUGUGUGUCCCAAAAAUCCAUGUCGAAGGCAACUUUCCCUAACACUACGUCUAAUGUGAGGAAGCUCUCUUCGUCCGAGUAUAAAUCCUGGUGGGCAAAAGUGCAUGGGAAAUAUCUCGAAGACAAAUUGCAAUCGUUGGUGGCUGCUGUUGGCCCUAUUACAGACAUUCUUCAAGAGCAUAAUGAAGAGGUCUUCGCUGAUAAAUCUCUUGCUUUAAAGUCUAAAGCAGUUUUGCCACACAAAAGCAAAGGGCCUCCAUGUACAGACGUUCAAAAAGAGAAGAUGCUUCCUCAGGCUUAUCAAGCUUCUAAAAAGCGACCACCACAAGACGAAAGUGAUAGCAGUCAUGGGGAUCGUUGUCCGAAGAGAUUCAGACCACCCGUAGACGAGCCAAGAGACACUACUUCGCAUGCGGUAGAGAUUCAUGACAGCGAUAGCAGUUCUUCAAGGACUUUGACAGCUACUAAAGAGCCAAGUAGCGUCAAUAUUUUGGUGGCUUCUCACCAAAGCAAGCCUCAAGAUAGUAGUGAAUCUGUAGCAGGGCCAGACUCACGGGGAUCACUUCCAACAUCUAAAUCAGAGCGAGAGGCCACUUCUAUUUCUCAUGGGAGGUCUAAACCAAAUUUGGGACUCAGUUCUCGCAAACCACCAGCAACAACUAUGUCCGUUUUUUAUGGAAGAAAGGUUGUGAUGACUCUUCGAAAGAAUUUCGUUUUGGAGGCUUGGACUAAGAUCCAAGCUAAAUUCUCCAACCUUUCUGUGGAUUGUGCAUCUUCUCUUGAAGAUGAGGUAAAAGUGAUCCUCGAGGAGAUGGAUGGAAAGGACUUGGAUAUUUCCCCUUUGAAGAAACUAUUGGAUUCUUUCUUUGAGCUUGCCACUUCCUAUGACCAAGCACGAUCAGCUCUUGUUGAUAAGGCCGCAGAAGUCGAAAAAUCAGAGUCAUUUGUAAGAGCCAAGGAACAUCUUGAUCUUGUCUUAACUGAAAAAGAUGAGAAGGCCAAAAAGCUAUCUGCUACUCGUCGAUCUCUUAAGGCAGCGAAGAAGAAAGUGAAGGAGCUACGAGCCCUCAGAAACGCCACAGAGAAGGAUGUUGAGGAGUUCAAAUCUAAAGUCUCAGCUGCUGAAGAUGAAUACCGUAGAUGUGUUGAUAUCUCCCAAGCAACUGCAAAUAAUUCGGCCGACGUAGAAGAGAAGAGGCGAUACUUAGAGGCUAACCUUCAAGACUUAGUCAAUUAUAAGUUUUGUCUAGAUUAGCUUGCAGGAAACUUUUUUUUUUUUUUUUACUUGCUCUCCUUUUGCUUUCUUGCAUUUGAUUAGUUGAUGUUCUUGACAGU